AGCGGUUGCACGACUCGUUAUCCGCCAACAUUUUGGUUGCAUCUGCACACAUAUGAGUCCAGAUGCAUUCAAAUCGUUGGCGGCCCCCAGGAAGGUAGUAACCACGUCCCACGCUUCCCGGGCGGAGCGAAGUUCCAGAUCGCCCUCGGCAUUACGCGCAUCCUUUUCAUUUUCAUCGCGUGCUGACGGCAUCGUUUUCCCUGAUCUCUGCUCGACAGUUCUCUCUGCCCCCCUCUCUGCUCUGCGCGCACGGUCGUCGACCGGGGAAGAAACGUUCUCUGUGCCCCCCUCUCUGCUCUGCGCGCACGGUCGUCGACCGCAUUUUCUUCCCCGCCUGUUGAUCGUUUCUCUAGAUCGGAAGGCGGCAUCGCGGGGAGGACGUGGAUAUGGCGAGGGUACAUGUCCUUGCGCCGCGUGGCCAGAGAAACGAGGCAGCUAUGAUGAUCUUCGUCUUCAUCUUCGUAGGUCUCCUGUGUGUUGGCUUCGACGCGGCUUCGGCACGGCUAAGUUGCACCUCCGGAGCUGGCAGCUGCCAAUCUCUUGUCGUUUUCCAUCCACAAUCAAACCGUAAUGUGUCGACGAUCGAGGCAUUGUUCGGAAGGAUAAACGAUUCUGUUACUGAUCCGGGUGACCCUGAGAAAGAGUGGUUCAUUCCUGUGAACUGUUCAUGUGUCAAUGGUACCUAUCUGUCCUUGGUGAACUACACCGUCAAAUCGGGAGACUCUCUGAGCAAGAUCGCGACGUAUUACCAGAACCUGACGACGUGGCCGAAGAUUCAGGAGGCCAGUAAGCUGGAAAGCGCUGACAAUAUCUCUCCUGACGAGCAGCUGACAGUGCCUAUUCCUUGCGGCUGUAUGGCAAAUGCUACCAAUAGUACCUAUGUUACAUACGGCAGACAAGAGGGAGACACAGCGGACUCUAUAGCCGAGGCCAUGAACACCAACGUUAGCCGUGUAGUAAAGGAAGCUAUGGAGGCGGAUGCGAACAACACGGUGCUUGUGUUCCCCCUUCGAUGCGAUUGGAUGUGCUAAUUAUUUUAGUAAAUUUGAUAUUCGUCA